UAGCCGGAUGGUGUUUUUGUGCUAACCAUCUACGGCCACACCAGCACUGAUAUCUAUCGAUAUUUAUAAAAUACGAUACAUUUCAUUUUCGAGCAGCAAACGCUCGACGACGGGCAGCGGUAAUUGUGGAGCGAUAGAAACGCCAGCGCCAUGCCCAUAGACAUAGACGCACGACGACCAAGUGCCAAAAGCGAGAACCGAGCGUGAGCGACUGCCAGGAGCAGGAUCCGUAUCCGGGGUCCAUCCGCUAGUCAAGAGAGAGCGAGCGAGCGAGUGAGUGAGUGCCAAGCCAAGUUGCAUUUAGUUUGAGCGCCCGACCAACCGAACCAAUCCGAAACGGCAAAAUGGGCAACAAGAACUCGUGCUGCGCGUACUCCAGUCCGCAGUCGGACCGCAAGUCGAAGGACAUGCCGCCCGUCUUCGAGGAGCGGAUCAUCCAGCUGGGUCAUCCGCCGCACACGUCACAGCACCAGCUGGACGGCCACCAUGGAUCCGCGUCGGCGGUGCACCUGCACCACCACCAUCACGGCCACAAUCAGCAGCAGAAUCAGCAGGGCGGCGGCGGUGACAACUAUGAGAACCAGCAGAAUCUGCAGCACAUCUCCGAGCGAGAGGCGCUGGAGGGCGAGGAGGAUCCGUCGGUGGAUCCCACCGCAGCCACCAUGUUCCUGGAGCGAUCAAAGGUGGAGAACGGCGGCAUGACGCGCAAGCGAUCGCAGCAGCAGAUUGCCCAGCAAGCGGGAAGCGGCGGCGGAGGAGGUGGCGGCGGCGGCAGUACUCCCGGUGGCAAUAGUUGCGGCGGUGGUGGCGGUAUGAAGAAGAGCUCCUCCUGCUCGACGAUCUAUCUGGACGACAGCACUGUGUCGCAGCCGAAUCUUAAGAAUACGGUCAAAUGCGUCUCGCUGGCCAUUUACUAUCACAUCAAGAAUCGGCAAUCGGAUCGCCGGCUGGACAUCUUCGACGAGAAGCUGCAUCCGCUGACCCACGACCAGGUGCCGGAUAACUACGACACGCACAAUCCGGAACACCGGCAGAUCUACAAGUUCGUGCGCACGCUCUUCAACGCCGCCCAGCUGACGGCCGAGUGUGCGAUCAUCACGCUAGUCUACCUGGAGCGGCUACUCACCUACGCCGAGCUGGAUGUGGGACCCUGCAACUGGAAGCGCAUGGUGUUGGGUGCCAUUCUCCUCGCCUCGAAGGUGUGGGAUGACCAGGCCGUUUGGAACGUGGAUUACUGCCAGAUACUCAAAGACAUCACCGUGGAGGACAUGAACGAGCUGGAGCGCCAGUUCCUCGAGCUGCUGCAGUUCAACAUCAAUGUGCCGUCCUCGGUGUACGCCAAAUACUACUUCGACCUGCGCACGCUCGCCGAGGCCAACGAGCUCAACUUCCCCACGGAGCCGCUGUCCAAGGAGCGGGCCCAGAAGCUGGAGGCCAUGUCGCGUGUGAUGCAGGACAAGGUCACUGCCGAGGCACUGAAGAACGGGAUCAAGAAGUGGUCCUCCAUGGACAACAUCAGUCAGGGCGGGCCGCGUCGCAGCGUGGCCAUACUAUCGUGAUUUAUAUUAGCUUACUAAAACCGAACAACCAACCAACAGCAGCAAUGAGUCAAGAGAUCCGUACUCUGUAGUCCGUAGUCCGAUCGAACGUCAUUGGAGAACCGUAGCUCAGCGCUGAAUCAGAUUUUGCACACAGAUUCAGAUACAUUUCGUAGGCCACCCGGUUGCAUAAGCUUUGCGGGUGGCUUUUUAGCCAGCACACACUCUAAGAAAGGAACACCCAAAUGCGUGCAGAAAGAUUCACAGUCUUAUAUACAUAUAUACAUACACGAAGAAAAGCGUUUUAACCACACGUCUCGAAUUAAGGACCACUUUUUACAUAUAUGUACAUGCGAUCGAUGUAUGUAAGCGAAACUACCGAUGCAGUCAAGGAUUUGGAUGAUGAUUUUAAACAGAGACACAGAAGUACUACUACAGCAACGCGUAACCAAUUGCCAAACGAAAGAUCACAGAAGCAGAAGGAGAAACCUAAACCGAACAGUAGAGAAUUGUUUGUACAAAACGGCUUAAAUAAUAUUGUAAUUGACUUGGCCACCUAAUCAGCUGGCAUCUAAGCAAUUUAAUCUCAACGGUUGGCCACGGCCACCAAAUCGUCAUUUACUUAGCGCGUCCGCGCCCAAAAAAAAAACAUUUCCCUGUACAUUUGUUACGAAUUUAAUUUGUUUACUUUGCACCCAUUUUUUCUUAAUAACUUUAUAUGAUUUCGUGUGAUUCUUAUAUAGUUUCCAUUUAGCUUUAUACGAUCAACGAUAUUCGGCUUCCCCGCGUCAGGCUUCAGGCACAAAACGAUUUUUUGGGGGCGCGGCCUGCGGCAAGUUGAUUUGUUUUUUGGUUCUUAGCAUUAGAAAAACAAACAAAAUCCGAGCGAGAGAUGCGAGGAGCACAGCGCAAUAUUAACCCAAAAGAUUUGUGAGUAAAUUAAUGUACUAGACAUAUAAGGAUACGAAUUAUAUGCAAAAUGUAUUUUAUUUUGUAAUUUAUUUUACGAUAAAGCUAAAUAAAAGCAAAUCAAAGAAAUAAAAA